AUGGAUUUAAGCGAAGGUUUCUUUUUAAGUAUCCAUAAUAGCUUAUUAGAGUUUACUGGAAAGCUAUGGGUGACUUCAAUAAAUAGCUUACUCGUCGCUAUAAUUAUUUUAAAGCCAAAAGAGAAUGCCAAUCAAAUUGCCUUGAUUUCUGAUGAUGGAGAAAUCGUCAGCCACUCACCUAAUUUCUCUAAGCUUGCAGGAAAACCUGAUUUGAUAGGAUUUAAACUAAAAACAUUAUUUUUAAACUCAGAAUAUUUUGAUUUAAAGCCAUUUGUGCCGUAUCAUAUAAAACAAAAUUCUGGUGAAUUUUUAUUGACAUUGUCAUAUUAUGAAAUUUAUCAUAUAAAAAUCUCAUAUGUAUCGCUAAUACAUGAUAGUGAAGAAAUUCGUAAAUGGGAGAAUUUUAAUGAAGCUGCUCAAAAUGAUGAAAAAUAUUUAUAA